AAAAAUUUUCCAGUCACAUCUUACAUAUGCGCGGGGAUAGUUAUUUUCGUCUACUAUACUUGCAAAUUUUGAAUGCUUGGAACGGCAUUUCUGUGUCUGUGACGAUCUUUGUAAGUGAAGUCCAAACACCUAGCCGAGCUGCGUCUUUAUUAUAGUUGUUCUUGUUAAAGCUGAAUUUGUGUAAUAUGCGCGAGUUAAAUGGGUGAACCAGUUUUAUCGUUUUAUUCACUUUGUAUGUGUAUUUUCUUUUAUUAAGACAUCUUGCGUUCUUAGAAAUCUAUUUCACCCUUCUCAUCCACGAAACUUUCUACGAUUUCUAGGGAUGAUAAUAUUUAUAUCCACUUUUCCCAACAAUUCGUGAUGUCAUAUUAUACUGUUUGUUCAUAGACACGGUUCUUUUAUGGGAAAUGUCAUACUUGUCAUAAGUUGACUGUAUUCUUCUUUUUUUUAAAAUAUUCUGAUACAUACCAUUUCUACUUGUAACAAGGAGUUCUGUUGAUAACAAGCGCCCAUUAGUUGCUGUUGUGAUGGAUUGAGAACAGGAGUAAGCCAGUAGCUAGAUUAAAACUAGCAGUCACUGGCUUGAAAUCAACCAUGUCUGGAACAGAAGGAAGUGUGUCGCUGGAUCAACAUUUGUUCCAGCUGACAUGCCUUGUCUCAGCCAAAGACAUACAGCUUUCGGCUCGAAGCGAAGUUGGAAGUAGACAGUUGCUUGCUCUGGUCAUGGGUUCUGGUGAUAUAGUCUUUUAUUAUUUGUCGGGAGAGACAGAUCAACUGCCUGUUAUGAGGCAGGUGCCGUGGUUUGUCGACAGCAGCAAGAGAAUAACAGCAUUAUGUUUUGAUCCUUCAGGUUCUUGGCUUUUAAUUACUGGUGAUGAUGGCUCAAUUUUUAUUGUGCCGGCACUCGCACUAGUUGACCCAAAUGCCGUGUUAGAUCGUCGAUGGUCUACUACUGAUGUAACGUCUUUUCCAUCUCCAUUAUCACAUCAUAAUCCAUCUUCAAAUUCAUGCAGCACAAAUAUUCAGUGUUCUCACGCCACAUCAGUAGUAUGGUGGCAGAGUCUCUUGGAGUGUCAUCAUGUGGCCAUCAUGGGAACGGACUCUGGAGAUUUAAUUUUUGUUAGUUUAACCACGGGGCUUCAAGUUGGUAUCACUUUUGUUCGAGCGUCUGUAUCAGUGUUACAUAUCUGCCAGGAUAAUAACCUAGAUUCUGUUUUCCUCUUGAUUACAAGCGACAACAGGUCACAGUGGAAACUAUUGCUGGAACAACGAGCAACAGGCUACGCUUGGCCUAUUGAUAGUUCGGGUUCUGCGGUUAAGGUCGUCACGUCUAACAAUGAACCCAACUCCAGCAGUAAUGCCAAUGGGGAUCUGGAGUAUGGGAACAAAAGUUGUUCGUAUUUACCUACGACAAGAUCAAGACUGCAGGGUUUGAAACAGUUUUCCGUUGAGAAGUUGACGAGUUUACGACAGAGGUUGGCAGAAACGAGGUCAAAAGGAGCUUCGGCGAUGGCAGUAAAUAUACAUUUUCGAAGAGUGUUCUGGUUUUUGUGGCCACUAGAGAGCAGUGGGAGCAGUAAUGAUGAUACCACAUGUUCUGUGUCCGUGUCUGGCAAAUCUGAUUCGGAAGGCUUAGAUUUGCCGCCUAUACACCAUGUUACCACUGGACCUCAGCCCGAGAAAUUAAGUUCUGAAGUUGGUGACACAUUUCUGUGCCCUCAGUAUGCGAGAGGACGACAUCUUCUUUCUGGGUAUUAUGCACCUAACGAUAUUCUUUCAAUCCAUGGGAUGAGUUUGGAUGUUGUACCUCUGUAUGUUUACAAGUUGGCACAACAGUGCAGAGAUGUUCUGGUUACGGACAGAUUUUUAUAUGUGACUGACAUAGAUGGAAAGAAUUUAUCGGUUGUGUCAUGUCAGCUGUCUGAAUGUCGGAUCGGUGGUGAUUCGGCCUUCAAUCCAGACUCUGUUAUUGAAACAUUUGAAAUGAAGGGUACAAGUGAGAAAAUCCUUUCUCUCUAUAAACAAAGUUACUUUAAUGAAGAUAUUAAGAAAUUGGCUGGAGUUUCCAGCAAACAAUCAUCAGUAGCUGGAAAUAAAGAUUCUAGUCCACAAGUUUCAUUCAAUGUGAAGAGUCGAGGUAGCAGCAGGGAGAAGGAGAAAAAUCCAUCACUGCAGGCUCCUUUCUGUCUGCCGAAGUGUGUGAAGGAAUUGAAAUUGGACAUUCCUUCCAUUGAUACUUGUGUCAUCGUGACGACGACUGGUGUUUAUGAGCUUACUCUAAGGGUUUCUCCAGUGGAGAUAUUCAUGGAUCUUGUACUGAAGCAUCAGGCGAUAGAAAAGGCUGAAAGACUUGCAUUAGUUUUUGGAUUAAAUCUCCAACAGCUUCUCGAGUCUGCCGGUGAUCUUAAACUAAGUGCAAAAGAAUUUCCUCAGGCUAUUGCUUUAUACAAACUUUCCAGGUGUCGUCACUUGAAGAGUGUCUUGAAAUUUGCCGCGGCUGGUCACGCAGCAGAGUUGCUUAGCUACAUCACAUUAUUGUUUUCAACUUCCGGCCUCGAUCUUACAACGUCCGAGAGAAUUCAUUUAUCCAAUCUCGCUGUUAUGAGCCACACUGAACAAGUCCUGAGAGCAACUACAGGGAGAGUCAUGCUGUUAAAACAAUUUUUGAAAUUUCUGCGUGAAAACUUGUACUAUGACGAAGUGCUGGCUGUUAACGUGGCUGGACAAACGGGAUUAUGGGAAGUCCUGCAAUUCCUGGCUUGCUUCCGUGGCCUUCAUCCUGAAGUUCUAGAUAUCCUUACAAAAAUUGUCAGGUCUCUUGGUGAAGGUCUUGUAAAGGCACUUGAGAACAAGAUCACAACUUUCAAGCAUUUACCUGCCUUAGACUCUAGCCUGUGGUUGUGUGUGAGUGACCCAUCACUACUACAGUCACUCUUGUCUAAACCCCAGCAAGCUAGAAUACAUCUGCAGUUUGUCCGUACUUGCUUACCACAUUUAGAACAGUUUGCAUUACAGAGGCUAGCUGCUCUGUAUGACCCCUCAUCACCGCAGUUAAGACCUACUUUGAGAAGAAUGUUCAAGAUAGGUCGCAGACGAGAACAUUCAAGUGGAUCCUUCGGUUCAUACUCUGCACAAAUGGAUUCUUUAGAUUUUCUGGACUCGGUGGAUGAAAUAUUCGUUCCUGGCGAAGAUAUUGUUCAGAUGUUCCUUUUAGUUCUCCUGUACUUAGCAAAAAAGAGCCAAGUAUCAUCUUUUGUGUUUGUCCCAGAACUGAUGGAGAAAAUCCAGCUUGCCGAAGAUGAUGAGGAUUCUGACCAUCUGUGUCCGUCUCUACCAGUGCGUGCCAACACGCUAAGCGCGGGUUUCUCUCACGUGGCACUUAUCCGCAAUGGAGCCAUCUACACUUGGGGUAAUACCGCGCAGGGUUGCCUUGGUACUGGACCAACGAUGUCUAGGCACAGCUGUCCACAGCAGAUCAGCUUAUUUCCAGAUUUGAAACUUGAGGUAAUCAGUGUCUCUUGUGGUCGUCAACAUACACUGUCUCUUACAAACAAUGGGAUCUAUGCAUGGGGGUCAUCUCAGUUUGGACAGCUUGGUAUUGGAAAGACAGGUCAGUGCCCAUAUCCUCAGCUGGUGGAACAUCUGUCGAGAGAGCACAUAAUUGCUGUAUCUGCUGGACAGUAUCAUUCUAUUGCCUUAGCAGACGAUGGCAGGGUGUUUACGUGGGGAUGGGGUGUGCAUGGACAGCUGGGACAUUGUUCAGUAGAAGACUGCCAUAUGCCGACUCUCGUGGAAAGACUGAUAGGCAAGGUGGUGACUCAGGUACACGGAGGACAUGGUCACACUCUAGCUCUUACUGCUGAAGGUCACGUGUAUACAUUUGGUUCGUCUGUUUUUGGUCAACUCGGAAAUGGAAGCACCGUGAAGAGCUCCGUGCCAGUUCGUGUGACUGCGCUAACUGAAAGGAUCACUAUUAUUGCCACUAACUACUUUCACAAUCUUGCUGUAAGUAGUACCAACAAACUAUAUAUGUGGGGGGCUUCUCCCCAAGUCCUGCGACUUCAAGCACAGGCCCAGAAGAAAGCAAAGCUUCAGCAGCAGCACUUACCAUCCGGCACAACUACAUCCAUUGUUACCCCAUCAUCCCCUUCAAGGCCUGCAACUGCACAUGUACAUUCUACAUCGGGAAUUAAUUCAGAAAUUCCUGGUCUGCUAUUAGAAUCCCCAGAUUUACCCACCGCGGCUAAACCUGAAUAUAUUGAUAAGGAUCGUCGUCAUAACCUCAAGCCAGCGUCGAGUUCUUGUGAUUCUGAGUUGCCUUCAGUGGACGUAUCUUGUUCUUUAAGUUCAAAUGUCGUCAAGACCCAGGAAAUUUCAGCUGAAUCUAAUGUAAAUACAAAAGAUUCCCUAUCUAGUCAUUCAGAACUUUCAUCUCCUAUACUAAAUAAUACAGACUCUUUAAAUAAUACCUCUUCUAUGUCUGAUUUUGCCAUGAAGUCGUCUCAGUGCCAUAACCUUUUAUCAGAGAAUGUUAGAACAUUAGAAGUAAGUAAUAACGAACAUGUAAAUAUUCAGAAACAGUCUAGUCAGAGUAAUCGUGAUUUUCCAGUAGAAGACGGUGAAAGGAUAGGUGAAGUACAGGCGACACACAGUGAGAAGAAUGUGCAACAAUCGCGGUCAAGUUUUCUUUGUGUAAACGAGAAGCAAGAAGAAUUUCGGUCAUCAAAUGAGUCUGAUAAAACUUCAUCCAUGCAGCCAUCUACUUUUUUAAGUCAAGAUUCCCCUGGAAGCGAUGCGCGUCCCGUCUUGUCAUUAGCGUCUUCGGAUAUUGAACAUCAUGGAAGUCCUAAUGUAGAUGCUUCACCUAAAAAUUUGCAGUUCCGAUGUAGUUCAUUUACGUCGACGAGAAAGGAUCAGAACUUAGAUCUGAAGGUGAAGCCAACAUACCCACCACUUACAACCACCACAGCCGAUGGUUACUCAAUUACAGCAUUAAUUGUUAGUCCCUCUAUGGAGUUCAAAGGUUUAACAGCUGGGCCAUCUCUUCUUGAUAGAAAAUUUGUUUCUUCUGAUACAAAGUCAAACGCUCGGUCAACUAAGUCAGAGCUUAUUGAUGAUGGACAAUUACAUCUUACACCUCAGCCUGUGGACACAUCACUGGUGGUUGGUCGUAUUGUUCAGGUGUCUUGUGGAUGUCACCAUUCAGCCCUUUUAACAAGGGAUGGCGAUCUCUAUGUGUGGGGACGAAAUCUAGACGGUCAACUUGGCAAUGGAACACGGAAAGAAAUUCCCAUACCAACCCCAUUAACAUUUCCAGCUGCAUCUGCUACUCCAAGUACAAAGAAUUCAUCACCUUCUCAAUCCUCUGCAAUGCCAAAAUCAUCGUCUCCUUCCGGAGUUGUUAGCGGGGGAGAAAAACUAAGACUACAACAUAUAUCCUGUGGAUGCGAGUUCACAGUUGCGCAAGAGAUUGCAUCUGCAGGAAAAGUUUGGGCAUGGGGUAAUAAUUCUCUAGCCCAGCUUGGUCGAGUACCUGUCGAAGACUCCAAAAGUCUGGAAGGGAAACUUGUGAUGCUGAAGACAACGAAACGUGUUAUAAAACUUCCUCAUGGAAGUCAGAAAUCAUGUGAUGUUCCAAAAGCAGUGCCUGGUCUCCCAAAUUGCACCAUUUCCUUCAAAUAUGAUAACCUGUCAGGAAUUGGUGGUUAUUGUGUGUAUUUAACUCAGUCUUCUACAGAGCUUUGUCCACCUUUGUGUAGUAUAGAAGAUCCUUGUUAUGGUUUACGCACAUUGCAUUACACUUUGCAACAUUUCCAUGGUCAUUAUGAUUCUACGUACCUUCUAAAUAAGUGCCUUGCAUUGGAAAACUAUCAAGGAGCUGCAAAGUUGGCAGCAUUGGAUAGACAUUACCACCUUGCUUUAUCCUAUCAGUUGAAAGCAUUAACAUUGGCUACUCUUGAAUUUGGCUUUGAUCCAGAAAAACAUCAUGAAAAUCCGUGUACAAACUUCAGCAGAGAAACAGAUGAAAAACACUUGAAUUCCAAGAAGACAGAAAGUUCGAGUGAGACAGCAAACAGAGGGUUGUCUCCAGACCAUUCAGAAGAAGAUAAAAUAAGAAAUACAAAUUUCCCACAGAAUUCAAAUAUGGUUAAUGAAGCUGAAAACAGAAAUCCAACUUCCUUAAUAGUAAAGCGUUUAAAAGCUCGUGUUACAAAUGUGAAUUCGAGCUGUAUACAUGUCGAGAAUGGUUCAGGUAACAGUAAAACUGAGGUUACUGAAAGUAUUGUAACGGAUAGUAACUUGGUUAACAAAGUCGUUGUCAGUACUGAAGCUUACGUUAAUAUGAACAGCAGCGUUGAAGAUACAGCUCAGUGCGAUGACAAGGAGGAUACCACUUUGAAUGAAAUAAAAAGGGACUGUUCAGUUUCAGACACUACUAAUCAUGAAGAUAAUAUAAUUAACAUUGAAGAUAAGUCAAAUUUGAUUACACCUCAAAAUAGGAACUACAAAACAGAAAUAGUUACAGAAUCUGACACUGAAAACAAAAAUUGGAGGAAUUCCAAACUUGAUUUGUUGUAUGAGUCAGAGGAUAUAUCAGAAACAAACCAAGUCACAGAAGACACUGAUACUAUUAAAAAAAAGUCUAUAGUGGGAUUUUCAGGUGAGAUUUGUGUCCAGUUAAAUGAAGAUUUAAAAUCAGAUUCAAAAUUGCCUUUGAUACGGUCAAGUACAGACAAAACAAAACCUGAAACUGAAAUAGAAGAAAGUGUGAAACUUGACGAUUCAAAUGAGGAAGUAGACUUUAUGGUAAAUCCAUCUGAUGACUUAAGAAGUAAAACCCAAGUGUUCCCAAUAGAAGAAGAGGGUGAGACAAGUAGUUCCAUUUCUACCCCUGAAAGUUUAAUUUCAACAAAUGUUAAUGACAGUGAAAUGCACGCGUUUGCCGUUCAGGGAGGAACGGAACAGAUGUCAGAGGGUCAUCAUUUAACAAGUCCAGACUCCGGCACGUCAUUAGUAAGCAAAGAGCGAUGUCCUAUGAGCUCUAAAUUCUUUAUUUCCGAAGUAUAUGAACAGAGUUCACACGAUGCAGAUGUAAACUUAAUUUGCACAGAUGAAAACAGAGAUUUUGAAAAUCCAGUUGCCGCGUGUACUGAUGUUGACAAAGAAAAGAACUUUGAACAACAAAAUGAAGAUCCUGAUAAAUGUGAAACAGAACUAAUUGGUGAUUUACCUCCGUUGUUAAAUAGUGACAAAUCGAUGGGAGAUUCUGAAUCAUUCAGUGUAAUUCAACAGAAAAAUGUACUUAUGGAAUCAGAAUUGAAUUCAAGAUUUCUUAAUGAUGUAGGAGAACCCCAGAGCAGUUUUGACACAUCUACUCUGUCAGUAGAGAGUAACAUAUCUGGAGUAAAAGAGGAAGUUGGCGUAAAAACUGAAGAUGAGAUGAAACACAAGACUGAUAAUGGCACACAUGAAUUCCAAAACAACGGCAUACGUGAUCAAAAAAGUACGUCAGAAUGUAAAUCUUCUAAAAAUUUAAAUGAAACAAUUGGAAAAAUAGACAAUUUAAAACAAGAACUUACAUCUAGCGAUCCGAAUACAAUUUUUUUUAACAGUGAGACUUGCAGUAAGGUUGUGGAAUCGGACUGUACUAAAUAUGAGCAUACGGCGGACCUGAGUUUAAAAUCACUGAACUUUAAGGAGGAAACGGGUGACUCUGUUACGGAAGAAAAGUUGACUGCUCGCAUUAAACAACCAUCUGUAAAUUUAAGCACUUGCUUGGAUUCAUCGUCAUUAUCAAGUACCAAAAAUCAAGUUGUUAUAGUGCCAGAUGUGGUCAUUGAAACUUUUGUGGAGCCGGCAGUGGGAGAAUUAGAGAGAAACUGCAGAGACAUUGAGAAUAGUACAAAACAGUUAUGUUCUGAUACAGUAGAUUUGGAAAACUAUGAGAACGAAUUGAAACUUUCAUCUGGUGACAAGGAUUCUCUCAUAACAGAUGUGGCACCAGAAAAUGGAGUUUCCGGUAAAUCAAAAAAGGUAGUCAGAGUUAAAGUUUUUGAUAACGCAUUCUCCGAAAAUAUUAAAUCUGCUCAGACUGACUUGAUAUCUCAGAGUGAACCGAGUGAGAAUGGACCAUCAAAAAUAAAUUGUGGAAACGGCACGCAGCAAGUAAAAAGUACAGAUGAGAACGGUGCAACGAAGGAAGUAACUGGGAACACUGCAUGCGUGGACUUGGUAGGUCAGGCCGCGUCUGUUGUCGAGUAUUACGUCUCUAUGAUGGAAGAAGACAGCCAUGCUAUGAUGAGCAGACUGCUGGAGCAGGGAAUUGAGUUUUGGUUGAGCCAUUCCUUACCAGUGGAUCACCUUGAGAACCUUCUUCUGAAACACAUGUCAAAAUUCUUCUACCCUCUCGGAUUGCUUCUGUUCUGUAAGGAUGGUAACACUGGGGAAGAGAAGGUUGAAACCCAGAAACAAGCUGUAUCUAUGCUGAACCAUCUCUCCACUCGCUUUUGUCUUCAGCUAUGUUCCAGCCUUCUGAACCACAUCAAUCAAAGAAAGGCCUAUCCAGAAUACAUCGAAGUUCUUGCACAAGUUACUUCGAUGCAAGCAGCACCGUCGUUGAAUGGGUGUUGUGUUACGAGCCAAGGACUCUCGCAGUCGCCGGAGCAACUUAUGGAAGCCAUACUUGAAGGGCUAGGUACAACCAAGGAACUCGGAGGAUCCUUGGGACAAACUUACAUCAACCUUCAAGAAGAGGCAUCAGAAACUUGUAAGGAUCCCGCGUCUGAAACAACGAAACUAGAGCAACUACUGGCGUUCUCUUGUGGUCAUCAUUACGGGCAAUCAGUAUUUUACCAGUCGAUUCUUCCGGAGUUGGAACUUGGCUUAUUACAGCUGCAUCAUCCCCUUCCUAACACUGCAAGGGUUCUAAAAGGCUUGUUUGGUUCCAACUCGCCAAAUCUUCAUCUUGCGUGUCCGCGAUGCGUGCUGAGUUAUCUGCGGUCUCAGACGACACCACCAUUGUAAGGUACCGUAACUUAACUUACAAAGAUGUCGUAAGUGAAACGUAUUAUUAACCUGUGAGUUGCGUACUUAUUGUGAUGGUAAUACGGUAUCUUGAACUGACGGAAUAUUUUUAAUGAUGCUGGUUGAAUGUGAUUGUUAAUUGUAUGCCCAUGAAACUUAAUUAUAGUAGAACUCAGGAGUCCUUAUGUGUGAUUAAACAUUUUGAAAGAGUUUUGAAAUUUACGUUAAGCAGAAAUGCAACUUAGUUAUGAAUUCUUUAGCAACUGAUAUAUAGGAAUACACACAUUUUUUAGAAGAAACAUUUUUAAGUUAAUGAUGAUUCCACAUUCCUGGACUUUGUAGGCAUGGGUCUUCAAUUAUUUUUACACUGUGAUAGUAUUUCAAACACUGCAAUAAAUUUAUGACUACUGGGGAAAUGAAAAUUAACAGAUACACUUUAUAAAAAAGAUGGGUUUUUGGAAUUAUUAAUUUAUGGUGUUGAUACAGAGGUUUUUGACCUUUUAGCCGCUGGUGACGUAACACGAUUCAUGCCGUGGUAUGUCUUGUAAGUCAGGAAUGAACUUUGAUUUGAUUUCAGGCUUUAAUGUGCAUGUUUUAUUAUAUUUUGCUUGAAAUGCCAGCUAAAACUAGUCAUUAAAUCUUGACAUUUAAUAGCAUUUAUCACAUUCUUCUGCCAAAACCCUGUUUCUGGAUUGCGAAGUUUAAUUCUCUGAAGUUGAAGCUCACCUAUAUAAUAUUUAAUCAUUUAACCCUUACCUCAAAGAGAACAAAACACUUAUCCAUUUACAAACAUCAGUUGGUUAAGGCUAUUUAAGGAGAUAAUCAUUUUCUUACUGAGAAUCAUAUGAAACACAUGAAUAAAUUCUGUGGGCAAAAUGCAGAAUUAUUGUUUGUUAAAGCAUGUGGUACAUAUAGUUACCAUUGGGUUUUAAGGGAUAGCCUUUGUUUUGCUCUGAGACUCAAGAGAUAGUGAAUGUCUGCCACAAAAAUAAUGAGACUGUGCCUGUAACUCUUUUUAUUUAACAAAUUCAGAAAAUCAACUACGAUCACCUUCAAAAUAGUUCCCUUCUGAGUUGACACACUGCUGCCAACGUUCAAAGCAAUUCCGCAGGUCAUGUUCUGUAAGGCUGUUGAGGAUCUCCGCCGUUUUUGCUUUCACAUCUUCUACCAACAAAAAAUGGGUUCCCUUGAGCACCGACUUCAUCUUUGGGAAGAGGUAGAAGUCGCAGGGAGCGAGGUCUGGCGAAUAGGGUGGAUGGUCAAGCACAGUGAUGUUUUCAUUAGCUAAAACCUGCUUCACAGACAUGGCAUCUGACAGAAUUUUUGGAACCAUUUUUUGCACAAAACUUUGUCAUGUUCAAAUCUUCCCUUAGAAUUCGUCGAACACUUUCCUUGUCCAAAUUGACUUUCUCAGCUACUGCUCGAACACUCAACCUUCGGUCUUUUCGAAUCACAUCUCGCACUUUUUCAAUGUUGUGAUCGGUAACAACUGUGCGUGGACAUCCUGGGCGAUCAUCAUUUUUCACGCAUUUUCUGCCUUCCGAAAAUCAUUUGUGCCAUUCAAAAACGCGUGCACGAGACAUGCAAUCUUCACCGUAAGCCUCAGUCAAUAAUUGAAAAGUUUCCGUCGCGGAUUUCUUCAGUUUAACGAGAAACUUGACGUUAACUCGUUCACUUUUGCAGUCAGACAUUUUCCGGCUGAGGGUAAAAACACGUCUGUACAAAAACACUCGUCCUCUGCUACUGAGUGAAGCAAACAAGUUGAAACAUGUGUCACUGGUAGAUGACAGAUCAAGGUCAAAUAUGAUCUGCAUAUUUCGCCCUCACCAUAAUUGUUUGCCUACUUACAGCAUCACUCUCGUUAUUUUUGUGGCAGACCUCGUAUUGUUAUGGAUCGUGGGAUACUGAGGAUUGGAUUUAUUCUUACGGACAAAUGAUAUCCAUGAAAGUCCUGUGUUAGUAGUUGAAUCCAAGCUCAUGAUGAGUCUGCAAGCUACUAUAUUACAAAACAAGAACUGUCAUUUUUCUAAGAUUCUUAAAAGUCGUUUCGCUUAAUUGGCCUUUUAUCGGGAUGUGACUAGUAUUUAUUUUUAACUUCUCUGCAGUUAUUAGCAUCUCUGCUGCAUAUUUUGAAGAUUCCACUUUAUAUUAAUGGCAUAGAGAUUGACUAUCCUGGCUGCAGUAUCUCGUGGUUUUCCUCAAACACCUCACAUAAAAUAAAAUAGGCUGUGAUGAUCACUUUUCACAUCCUUCACAUCUUAUAAUUUGAUGAUAUAAAAUUUGCGCAGUUGAUAAAGUGAUAUUAAAUAAAGCAAUAAUGAAGUAUUUGUUAAAGAUAAAUUAUCACUCUGUGCGUUUAGACCGUGUAAUUGGAGUCGGAAUAAUCUGUAUUAAAUUGAUUGAUUCUCUGAUGAUUAGUGAUUUUACUUAACGUCUGUGAUAUACUUCUUUUUAGCUAUUGAUGUAGUGGCUUAUUUUAUGAAUCCAUCUUCUGUCACAUAUCUGUUCGUGUCGUUGUAUGUUCUAACUUUUUCGCCACAUGUAAAUCUGUAUCAGACAGUCUCAAAUGAAAAUUAAUUUCCAAACUUAAUUAUGCUUCACACAUAUAAUGUCAUUUUGCUGCUCUUAAUAAUUUGGGGUCUUUUUUGGGUUUAAUAAAAAUGUCAGAAACCUUGUUUCAGAUCUAAUAUAAUUACAUUUAUAAGUACAUAGAAAAUCAGUCGAGUUCCUUAAGUUUCUCUGAUUGAAGUAUGACGUUUAUAAUAAAAACUUAAGAAAAAUUAAUCAUUUAUAAUAGAUUAGGGAAUUUCUGAGAAAUAUGUCCUUUUUUCCAAGAAGUACUUUUCUUAAAACGGAAUACUUUUGGACCAUAUAACCAUCAAGUUCAGUCUUCAGUGUCUACUUAACACCACAUCUGUUCAUCUAAACAUUGCGUUGGGUUUCAUGAUUCGUUACGUCUGUUAACGCUUUGCAGCCGAAGGUUAUCUAAAUAAUAUUUAAGAAUUCAGCCCAUACCGAAAAGUGAAAACACGUCAUUGUUACAAAGAUCAACUGGUUAACGCUGUUUAAGGGGUUAAUCAUAUUCGGAGUUUUGUUUCUGUGUGUGUACUUCCGUAUCAGUUACGAAAAAGACUCACGUAGCAUUUCAUGUACUUUAUUUUAUGACUGUUGGCUGGUAUCAAGUAUUUUAUCAUAUAAAUAUUAAAAUAAAGAGCACAGAAUAAACGUGAGAUAUGAUAAAAAUAUAAAGUCAUGAAAAUUUGUCUAACUUAUAUGCCAAUUAUUCUAUGAUUUUAGUGUUCUAAUAAUUAUAUUUUAAUAUAAACAUAAUGUUGAGAGGAUCCCUUGUCCAGGAACUAAAUUAUAACUAAAAUAUUUCCUCUGAACACUCAGUUCUUGAUAUUCUUUUCACUAGUAAGUAACAUUCAAACCAAAUGAUCUUUUGAAACAUGAUUAUAAUUUAAAAAGUAAUGUUCUCAAGUAAUUUCAGGGCCACUCUUGUCAUUUGGCAAAAUACAGGAGAAUGUAAAAUGGGAAAAGUUUUUGCAAGCCCUGUAUUUGUAAUCCCUAGUGUUAGGAUUUUUUACCUAAGAAGAGCCAUUAUUUUGCCACACUCUUUACAUUAUCAGUAGUAAAAAUUUACGAAGAUGUUUCCAUAUUGACGGACCGUGGCUGUGGAUAUUAAAAACUAAGAAGUUUAGUCUGUGGACAAGUGGUUUUUCAGGUAUCGGUCAUAAACGUAUGUGAUGGCACAAAAGAAAUUCUCUCCGAACUUGCUUUCUGAUUAAAUUAUCAAAGGAGUUUUAUUACUCGUCUCUACCUGGUCCUGUGAACGUGUAUAGCAAAACCAAAUUUUGUAGCACAUACAUAAAUCCUGGUCUAUCUGUAGAAUUAAUGUCCUUAAUCUUCGUAGCUUUAAAUCAAAGAAAUGUAAUGGGGCAUGAUUUUUUUAGUUUGUAUUUUCUUCUGAUGCCCACGAAGGUCAAAAAUGAACCGUCGGGCCCCUUUAAAUGUUUCUAACCAAUAUUUGUACAAAUUGUGAUAUUACAUUUUUUAUACCCUAGUCACUGUAAAGGUCUCAUGGUCUUUGCUGCCAAUUUUAAUAGUACAGAAUUGUAAAUAGAAUUUUUGGCAGUUACUGUGGCAUGUGUAAAGAUACUGUGGAAAGUAGAAAUAUUAAUUUCAAUAUAUUUUAUUUCUGUAGUGUGCAAAGUUUCCAAAUUCUCGUGUUUCAUAAUCCUGAUUCCAAAAUUAUGAGGUUAGGCAUUGCCAUUUCUAAUUUUAAUAGUAUGAAACAAUGUACAUCUACCCAUGAAGUCUUCAUGGGCGAUCAGCCGUGUCAGGUGGCCAUAAAAAAACCAACGAUUUGAGAGCCGUCUCAGUCUUUAUCAUCAGGAAUCAGUGAAUGUCCACCAAAGUAUUGUAUGGGUCGUAGAAAUGUACGUUUUCACAAACUCGUCACAGAUUUAUUUGAAAUGUCAUCUGUUAGUAGGAUUUAUAGUGUCUCAUAGACAGGCAAUAAAUACAAAAGAGACUAGAUAUAUCACCAAAUUAUAUUUGUACAUUUUAUCAUUUCCCUUUUAUAUCUUUAUAAAGUUAAUAUUAAUUUAAAAUAUCUUGAGCUAAGGGGAUGGAUGGUUCUGUAUCAAUUUGUACACUGAUAUUUUUAGUAAAAAUAUAGGAAUUAAUUAUUAUCUUAAUAAAAAUAUAAAUUUAUCUAGAGUUGAACUUGAAGCAACGACUUUUCCAAAUUGCCUAUUGCAUAAUUGCAUACAGUGGUUUAGACAUAGGCCUGUUUCUGUUAGGGAUAGUCCAGUUUACCAAAAUAUUAAUAGAAUGGUGGGCUUUUGCUGUGAAGUAUUACAUAUUUUAAUCUUAAAUGGACUAUAUGUCCUGUUCUAAAAUCUUAAUUGAUAUUUUUACUGUCAAUAUAACUUAUAAUUAGUGUUGUAAGAGAAAAGGAUUUUCAAACAUGAACGUUUAAAUUGUGUUUAUGAAAUUUAUAUUGUUUAAAAAUAAUACUUUUAAACCAUUAGUGAAUACUAUUUGUGUAAAUAAAUGAGCUUUGUGUUGUUUAGACUAGGAUGUCGCUUCUGGUGUUUCGAAGUUUCUUUAGUUGGUAACUCCUAACUUAGUAGGGUUUUUUGUUCUCAUGGCACUGAAUAUCAAGAUGGCUGUCUUUCGGUUUGUAGUACUGUGUAGUCUGAUAGAAGUUUACCAACAUUUCAGAGGUCCUUGCUGCCUCCACAGUCAGGGUGAUGGCAUUGAUAUUGGAUACAGCAAAUACCUCUGAAAUGUUGGUAAACUUUUAUAAGGCUACACGGUGCUACAACCCAUAAGACCUCCAUCUUUGAACUCCUAACCUAUUUUCAGUAAAUUUUUCUGAAGUAUAAAUUCCCAGUUCUUUAAUCUUUGGGUAUGAUAUAAUGUAUUUCCUGUUCAAACAAUAACAAAAUUAAUGUAAACACGAAUCUAAAAUGUACUUAUUUGUCAUGGAAAUGCUGUUAUACUUAAAUGAAACUCCAUUUUACCCAUAAACUGUAUCAGAGUUGGAAAGCUUUUGGAAUUUGAAGAUGACUUUUAGGUGCUUCUGGCUUCUCUGCAUUUAUGUCAACACUUACAUAUCAAAACCACCUUUCAACCACAUUAUGAGCAUUAAUUAACAUUUAAAAUGGUUCAUUUCCAAUAUAAUCACUGUUCCUUCUAUAAAAUCACUGAAAUAAUAGUUACAAUAGUUAUUUUCAUAUGUAGGUAUUAUAUUUAUUGGUCUUAUUGUAUUAUUGUGAGGUUAUGGUGCGUUGUUAGUCUGGUGUCUUAAUGUAGUGCACCAACACCUCAAAAUUAUACACUGACACUAAUAACGAGAUACAUAUGAAAGUUUAUCAGUAGCAGCAAUGCAAAGUAUGCGUUAUUCAAGUUUUCUCUUAUUCUGUUUGCUCUGUAUUUCAUUAUUACACAUUAUCCGCUCGUGUCAAACAUCUUAGCUCUGUAAUCACCCACGUGGCUUCUGAAUAUAAAAACAAAGUAGUAAUACUGGGUAUGACUCAGAGCCACUUCAUUCUACUUCAUAUCCUUAGGACAUACUUCCCGAGAUCGGUAUUAAUAUUAAUCUUCCAUUUUAUCCGUCUUCCAAGUGGUCAUCAUCUGAGAGAUAUUUCCCCGUUGGGUUUUCAUGUUCAGUCCGUCUUAAAUCGUGAAGGUCUCCUUCCGACUUCAUCUCUUACAUCGAAAAAAUCUUAUGUAACACUUUAUUCUUGAGCAACCUCAGACUUUUUCUCUUCUCUCGGGAGUGAAAGACCAGGAUUGACAGCCAUACAGAACAGUGGGUAAAAUUAUAGUUUUAUGGUUGGUAGAAGAUUCUGAGCUGAAUGAUAGUUGAACAUUUUAAAAUGCAGUCUUAUUUAAAUUGUGUAAUUUUAAUGUGAUACUCUAAUUCCUUUGUACUUGAAUGUAAUCACAUUUACAAGGGAUUUGUUAGUAUGAAUUAUUGUUACGUUUUUUGUCAUAUAUUCCAGUGAUGAGACAUGAACAUAACCUCACAUUUUUUUGUAGCUUCCAAUUGGAUAUAUGUGUUGUUCUUUGUGAUGGUGUCUACAUUCUCAUCCAUCAGAGUAAUACAAUCUGAAACUUGACAGUUAUGACACAGUAUUUCGUGUCUCUUUAUAUAUAGAGAGUUAUGUUUAUUCUUUAAUAUUGAUACCAACAUAUUUAAGUGAAUUACAGCUUGCAAGUUGUUCAUGUUUUUAUAUUAGCAUAGUAUAUAGCUUUUGACCAUUAUUUUGAUUAUUUUAUUCCGAAUAUAAUUUAGAUUCUCGUAAUAAUUAUUAUUCUUUAUUUUAUGUAUAGGCAGUAUAGUCUGUGAAAAAAAAUCUGAGUUAAAAUGCAUGACAAUAUUUAUUGCUCUUAUAUUAUUUUGUUAAGUAAUUAUUCAGAUAUGGAGCCUACAGUUGUACAGUUAAAAGUCAUUUACGUAUUUUGUGCUGGAUUGUUUGUAUAAUGCUGAUCUUGCCAGGAAUGUUAAUAUUCGUAGUUUGGAAUUUUUACUGUGCUAGACUUACGUGACAGUCAUAGUGUGGUCAAUUAAUUUCAAAUUUUUAUUAAUUAAUUUGGUUUCACUGCUAUUACUUGUCAUUGAAAAUUACAUAAUUUGAUUAACUUUAAUGCCAUUCACUCUAGCCAUUUACAAGUCGUAAGUUUUUGCUUUGACAAAUAAUUUAGUUAUUUUUUUUUAAUCUCUGCUCUAAAAUAAAUAAAUUAAAUUUUUCUGUGUAAUCUUGUUAAUGUGAAAUGUGUGCAAGCUAGGUGAUAUCUAUAGUAAUUUCAAAUAGAUCACAACCUCCUUCCUCAUUUGUUUCUAUUCAGCGUUUAUUGUCAUGUUUCUGCGUUUGUUGGUGUUACAUAACCUAACACUGUUUUCAAUAACGUAUAUUGUUGGUUGCCUUUUAUACACUCUCGUGUAAUUUACAUAUAUACCUCAUAUACUGUACAUGCAAGUUAUCUCGGUAGCCAGAUCAGGGAGGAUGGUGGUUGGAAUGUAAGAAGGUUUCUGUACGAGUCUGGUAGGAAACAUUUGCUCUUCUGAGAUCCUAGACGACUUACUCGUAGUCUCGCGUGUGAAGACGCACAUCAACAUUGGCCAAUGCCAAUACAAGAAGGUUUAACAAAGUAAUUUACAUCGAGUUUGGAGAGGGAGGUCAUUAAUAAUGGCGUACUGUACCGAUGUUUUCUUAACGGGUAGUAGAAUUCGUGCGUAUGCAGCCAGACCGGAAGUAGCGACUAGGAACGUAACUCACGAGAUAACUUGCAUGUAUAGUGUUUUUCCCUUAAUGUAAUACAGGGGGCCCCCAUAUUAAUGCUAUUUAUUUAAGUGGCUUUGUCAGAGUGUAAGCCAUUUAUAACAAUUACGGUUAUUGUACGACUGGAAUUAGCACAUAUAACGAGUUAUAUAACCCCUUUUGAGACUGAAGAAUUAUAAAUAAUAAAAUUUGUUUCUUGAGGUGGGUGUAGUCAUACUGUUUACGAUAUUAUUCAUACGUUAUGCCGUAUUAAAUAUGGAAGCUGCUAAAACUAUGUUUACUGUUUAGAAGAUAGUGUUAAGCUGUAUUUAAUUAAGAAUAUUUCUGUACGUUUAUCAUCCAUUUUUAAUGUCGGUCUAAAACGUUUUUAUGUUAGGAGUUUUAGACAUUUUAUGGUGAUCAGACGUCGCUUGUAGGGAUUUAUAUUACUUCAGAUAUAUUUAAAUGUUUUUAUUUGAAAUUAAUAAGCACGUGUAGUAAUGUAAAUGAUCCUCGUAUUAAUAAUAAUAAAACUUUUUUUUACUAGUACAAUUAAAAUUAACACAAAAUAAUUGAAAUUAUGUUCAGUAAUAUUUAAAAGGAAGUUGAAACCACGUGAAUACAAAAUACACAGUGUAUAUUAUAAAUUUUAAAAAUGGAGAGUCUGGUUACCAUAUUAUGCGUGUUUCAGAUGUACUUUUAACUUUAAGAACAAAAAACAGUUCCAUUGAGUAAUAUAUUUGCGCAUUCAGGAACAUUUCCAAAAUCUACCAAUUCUGUGUUUACAAAUUAAUAAGAAAGCUAUUACGUCUUGGUAUCUUUUUAUAUUCCGAAAGAGAUCAAUGCAAACGCCAUAUGCAAUGUACUCUACAGUACCCAUGAAUCAUAGUAUCUCGCAUUAAGGUCUUCAAACAGAAAAGUUUAACCAAGUUCCUAAUUAAUCUAUAUUGGUAGAUUUUGGGAGGGACUUAAAAUUUUUAUUAGUUUUUUGUGUGUGUGUGUAAUUUUUAAUAGACUUGUUGCCUAUGUAUGACAUUAAUAUUCAGCUGUAAAGUUAAAAUGUACAUAAAUAUAAAUGUAAUUAUUAGAGGUAUUUUGAGAUGAAAAUUGUGUUGUAUAUUAUAAAUUAUAUAUAGUGUUCAGUAUUGGA